AUGGAAGACCUCCCUUCAGUGUUCUUGUGUGCCCACCCUCACCUUGCCAUCCGGGAUGAAUUUUUGUUGCAUCUCUGCAUGUUAGAAGCUCAGUGGCUGGAUCUGCAGGACUAUAUUGCCAUCGAGACAUCCAUGGGGAGCUCAAUGCCUUCUGUGCUCGAGUACAGCUGUCUGCACACUGAUCCUCAGUUUGAGAGCCGCUUCCUCAGUCCUGGGCCCAUCCCGGUGAGGAUUACGCUCCCCGAAGCCAAUCCUGCCCCAGCGACACUGGCCGGUGAGGCUGCAUCUGCCCUAUCUCUCUUGUUCCCAUUCCUGGUCACCCUUGCUGCUUCCAAUACCCCCGUCCAUACUCUCCCGGAGCUCAUCCACCAGAUAUUCACCAUGGAGGACAUCUUGGUUGCAACAUUCAACAGCUUGGAGGCCAGGUACAAACACGUUUUCGAUCAUGCCUGUACAGCUAUUAAAGAGAGCUUAACUCAGGAUAUUGAGUCAUCAGUCCAUGAUGCUGUGGAGGAGGAGGCCAUUGACCUGAAGGCCGAACUCCAUAGCUCCAUUCGUCAUGACCGCAUCGCCCUUCUCACCCUUAUACAUGAUGGAUGGUGUCUCUUCCAAACACUGAAUUUGGCUUUGCCCUCACCGGCCUUUCCCGUGUUUUCGCCGAAUCCCUCGACCAACAUGAGCACCUCCAAGAUGAGCUCUCUACCCUCAUGA